AUGGCGGAAACUCAAAACCCAAGCAUAAAAGUAUACGGAGAAGCUUUCAGCGGAAUUCUAGGCAAAUCACACAGUUUGACCCUUGCUCUAGCCGAUGACCAGCCAAUCUUUCAUGAAGCCUGCGUUUACUUACCCCACCUCGACGCCAUCUUCGUGACCAGCAACCAGUUCGUGCCACAAGGCCAGCAAAACACCGCAAUCGUCAUCAGCAAACUCUCCCGAAAGUCCGACGGUUCGUGGACACGGGAAGAAAUCGAUGCUCCGGGCGUCCCCUUCGGAAACGGUGGCAUAAACUACGACCAUGGGAUCCUUUUUUGCGCACAAGGUUCACUCGCUCAGAAUGGCGGCCUAAUCUGGAUGUCCGCAGAACGUCCAUAUCACGCAAAAGUCGUACUGGACAACUACAGAGGCUAUCCCUUCAACUCUCCCAACGACGUGGUCGUGCAUUCGGACGGCUCGAUAUGGUUUACGGACCCAGCAUACGGCGCCGAACAGGGGAUUCGACCAGAGCCAAAAUUAGCAAACCAGGUGUACAGGUUUGAUCCCAAGACAAAAGAUAUACGAGUCGUGGCGGAUGGCUUCGGAAAGCCGAAUGGGAUUUGCUUCUCGCCGGAUGAGCAGACUGUGUAUAUCACGGAUACGGACUUUGUGCGCGGGGAUGGGAGUGUGGAUGCGAGGAGAGCGAGGACUAUCUGUGCCUUCGAUGUUAUCCACCGCCAUAAUAGUGCCUUCCUCACGAACAGACGUGUUUUCGCUUACUCGGAUACCGGUAUUCCAGACGGCAUCAAAUGCGAUACUGUCGGUAAUGUCUAUUCCGGCUGCGGCGACGGCUUGAACGUCUGGAGUCCGGGAGGUAGCUUACUAGGUAAAGUGCUUGUACCCGGUGGAGUUGCGAACUUCUGCUUCGGGCGAUCUGGGGAACUUUUUCUAUUGAAUGAGACGAAGUUCUGGGUGCUUAAAGUCGCGGAGCAUGUCAAAGGCGCGUUGCUGGAGGGCAUGGGGAUCGAUGCAGAUACGAAGGGUCAAUGA